GGCCGCUCCCGCGGGGACAACUUUUUUCCCGUGCGGGGCUGGCGCAUCCGACGGGGUGGCCGAGGCCGUCGGGCAACUCGCGGCCGACUGAGCGGAGCCCCCCCCAGGCUGCGGGUCCCGCGCCCCACCCCGGGGCAGCCGGCGGCGCGCGGCUGGAGCGGCCGCCACUCGCCGGGGCUGCGGCUGAAGGUUUUGAAGCAGAUGUUGGAAGAUGUUAGCUGUGGAUACUGGGGUUGUGGAGGAGUGGUUAUCAGAGUUCAAGACGCUGCCAGAAACAUCCAUAUCCAGCUAUGCUACCAGCUUGAAAGACAAGACUGCUUUGAUUUCAUCUCUUUACAGAGUAAUUCAGGAGCCACAGAGUGAACUUCUGGAGCCAGUUUGCCAUCAGCUCUUUGAGUUCUAUCGCAGUGGUGAGGAAGAAUUGCUUCGGUUUACGCUGCAGUUUCUGCCAGAAUUGAUGUGGUGCUACCUUGCUGUCUCAGUCAGCAGAGAUUUGCAGAGCAGUGGAUGCAUAGAGGCUCUUCUCCUAGGAGUUUAUAACUUGGAGAUAGUUGACAAAGAGGGACAUAGCAAAGUGCUGAGUUUCACAAUUCCAUCUUUGUCCAAACCUUCGAUCUAUCAUGAACCUUCCAGCAUUGGCUCCAUGGCUCUCACUGAAGGAGCUUUGUCACAGCAUGGUUUGUCCAGGGUUGUGUACAGUGGACCUCAUCCUCAGAGGGAGAUGCUGACAGCCCAGAACAGGUUUGAAGUGCUGACUUUCCUUCUGCGCUGUUACAACGCUGCCUUAACCUACAUGCCUGCAAUGUCUCUUCAGUCAUUGUGUCAAAUUUGUUCAAGAAUUUGUGUCUGUGGAUAUCCUCGCCAACAAGUGAGAAAGUACAAGGGAGUCAACAGUAGGAUUCCAGUUUCAUCUGAGUUCAUGGUGCAAAUGCUAACAGGGAUCUAUUUUUCCUUUUAUAAUGGAGAGUGGGAUGUGGCUCGAAAAGCUAUGGAUGACGUUUUGUAUAGAGCACAGCUUGAGCUGUAUCCAGAACCUCUGCUGGUUGCUAAUGCAAUAAAAGCUUCACUGCCUCAGGGUGCCAUAAUAUCUAAUAGAGAAGGUGCAAGAUGCAUUCAAUUUGAAAUUACACCUACUUCAUCCAGAAUAUCAAGAAAUGCUGUGACUAGCAUGUCUAUAAGAGGGCAUAGAUGGAAAAGGCAUGAUAAUUCUGAUUUAGCAAUUGAAGAAGAACUGAUAGAAGUAUCUGAAACCGAUGAAGAGUUUUACUCUAGGGCUACUUCUGGUGCAAGUCAGUCUGCCCUAUCCAACAGCAGCACCAUGAGCAGCAAGAACCUCUUAGGGAAGAGCCAACGAAGGUCUGGAGGAAGCAAACCUGGAGGAAAAGAAAAAGAAGGGGAAACCUGCAGAGAGCAUUUAUCACGAAAACAAACUCAGAGAGCCAUGAGUGAGAAUCUAGAGCUUGUCUCUCUGAAGAGACUGACACUGACAACCAGCCAGUCCCUGCCUAAGCCUGGCAGCCACAGCCUGGCCAGAACAACCACUACUGUGUUUAGUAAAUCCUUUGAACAGGUCAGUGGUGUCCCAGUUCCAAAUAAUCGUGGUGGUGUCUCUGGUACAGAGGCGAACAGGUUUUCAGCUUGCAGUCUUCAGGAGGAAAAAUUGAUAUAUGGAACAGAAAGAGCAGAUCUUCCUCUUUUAAGCAAACAACCUAAUCAGCAGCGACCUCCUAGUAUCAGCAUAACUUUGUCAACAGAUUGAUAUUAAAUUGGCCAGUAUAAAAAAUAAAUUACUGAGACUUUA